AUGACUGCCAUCCGACUACGAGAAUUUAUCGAGCGCCGCCCAGUGAUCCCAGCCAGUAUUUUCAUUGCUCACCAAGGAAAGGACAUCCAAGGUUACUACCCUGGGCAGGUGGCAAGACUUCAUGUUGACCACAGCAUGAAGAGAGCUCCCAGACCACUCAUAGAUUUGGCAAUUCCACCCAAGAGAAAAAGUCAAUAUCAGCCUCAAUUUGACCAACAAACACUCAUUGGAUAUAUUUGUUUCAGAAGACAUUCAAAGCCUGCCGAACCAUGGUAUAAAGAAACCACUUAUCAAAGAGACUAUUCUCUGCCAUUUUACAAGAUUGAUUGGGACCAGAAAUUAGGCACGGUUUCAUCGAAUCCUAGGCCACUUAAUUCGCUGCCAGAGCUCUACUGUUGUGAAGAGAGAAGUAGCUUCAGAAGAAAUGCUUUUAAGCUAAAAUAA